AUGGCGGCGGCGCCGGCCCUCAGCGCCGCGCAGCGCCCCCUGCCGCCGCGGAGGACUGCGGCUAUCGCGACAGGCGGCUGCUGUCUGUCCCGGGCCGGGCCGUGCCCUCGCUCCGUGCCCCGCUCGCUCCGUGCAGCUCCGCGCGUCGCCGCCGGGCCGCGCCCCGGGCGGGGCGGUGCGAGCGGGGCGGCCCCGCCGAGCCCCGGCCGAGCGCGCACGGAGAUGGCGGCACCGAGCGGGAGCGUCCUGCCGGGGCUGCGGGCACGGCCCGUCCUGCCGGGGCUGCGGGCACGGCUCGUCCUGCUGGCGCUGCUGGCGCUGCCCCGCGCCGCCCGGCCCAGCUGCUUCUGCCAGGUUACUGGUUAUUUAGAUGACUGCACCUGUGAUGUAGAAACCAUCGAUGCCUUCAACAACUACAAACUUUUCCCUAGACUGAAUCAACUCCUGAAAAGUGACUAUUUUAGAUAUUACAAGGUAAACCUACAGAAACCUUGUCCCUUUUGGGAGGACAACAGCCACUGUGGGAUGAGAGACUGUGCUGUGCAGCCCUGCCCCUCUGAUGAAGUCCCUGAUGGAAUCAGAGCUGGAAGCUACAAGUACUCAGAAGAAGCCAACAGCCUCGCCGAGGAGUGUGAGGAGGCCAAGAGGCUCGGAGCUGUGGAUGAUUCUUUGAGCAAGGAAACUCGGCAGGCAGUGCUGCAGUGGGCAGAGCACGACGACUCCUCAGACAGCUUCUGUGAGGCUGAUGACACCCAUUCUCCUGAUGCUGAGUACGUGGAUCUGCUCCUGAACCCAGAGCGUUACACUGGCUACAAGGGCCCCGAUGCCUGGAAAAUCUGGAACAGCAUUUAUGAGGAAAACUGCUUCAAGCCUCAGAAUGUAAAAAGACCUUUGGCAUCUGGCAGAGGAGAUGACGGAGGGCACACGUUUUACAAGUGGCUCAAAGGGGUCUGUGUGGAGAAAAGAGCUUUCUACAGGCUCAUCUCUGGUCUGCACGCCAGCAUCAACAUCCACCUGAGUGCCAGGUACCUCCUGCAAGAUUCGUGGUCGGAGAAGAAAUGGGGCCCCAACGUCACGGAGUUCCAGCAGAGGUUUGAUGAAGCCCUCACCAGUGGGGAAGGGCCCAGAAGACUCAAAAACCUUUAUUUUCUGUACCUGAUUGAGCUGAGGGCCCUCUCCAAGGUGCUGCCCUUCUUUGAGCGCCCUGGCUUCCAGCUGUACACCGGCAACGAGCGCCAGGACGCGGAGAUGAAGCACCUGCUGCUGGAAAUUCUCCAUCUGGCCAAGUCCUUCCCGCUGCAUUUCGAUGAAAACUCCUUCUUUGCAGGGAAUAAAAAGGAAGCUGCCAAACUAAAGGAGGAAUUCAGGCUGCACUUCAAGAACAUUUCCAAGAUCAUGGACUGUGUUGGCUGCUUCAAGUGUCGGCUGUGGGGGAAGUUGCAGACACAGGGCUUGGGCACAGCACUGAAGAUCCUCUUCUCAGAGAACCUCAUCGAGAAGAUUCCUGAGAGUGGCCCUUCCUAUGGCUUCCAGCUGACCAGACAAGAAAUUGUGGCCUUAUUUAAUGCCUUUGGAAGGGUUUCAACCAGCGUGAAAGAACUGGAAAACUUCAGGAAUCUCUUACAAAACAUGAGGUGAAUUCAGUGGAGAAAGAGAGAUUUGAGGACAAACACCAUCAUUGCACCACUCUGACUUAAACCAUGGAAACCACUUGCUGGGCCUCAUUGUCUGUUACCUGCUGAGGAGAUGUUUUAUACAAAGGGAAAAAAAAAAAAAAAGCUAUUUUUUGGUAUAAAAAUGGGGACUACGUGUAAAUUUUAUUUUAUAUAUUGGAAGAUCAUUUGGAAUAACUCUUUUUGAAAUAUUGCUGUGCUAUUUGAAGAUGAAUCAGACCCAUGGCCUUGCCUUUGGAAGCUGGAGGUGGGGCAAGAACUGUGCCAUUGAAUAAAUUUGGGGGAAAUUC